GUGAUGAUGAUGGAAGGGGAUGUUGGCCAUGUCAGACUGCAGCAGUCACUUUAGUCCUGUGUGCUUUGGCACAGUUUACAACUUGUGUUAGCUUGGGGGAGCUGAGCAAAGUUAAGCAAGAUGAGGUGGACAGUGGAGCAAAAGUGAUGGAAGAAAGGACAGGGCACAUUUUUUUAAAUGGGAAAGAGCUUAACUCUCAGUCAGGAUCUGCCUUUUUUGCUGCCACAGAAAAUGAUGAACUGCUGCAUACUGACAAGGAUCAACUGGAUGGCACAGGACUGUUGGAGCAGACCUCACAGCAGGGGGACAAUAUGGCUGAAGCCGCAUGGAGGCGCAUGAGUGUUUCUCUGCACUGUGGGCAAAGCAAGAUGAAAAUAAAAGCCAUGGGACCUGGAUCUGUUAACUUGGAGCUAGCCAUGGGCAACGGACCUCCCCUGCCCUUAUUCCAGGUGCCUGAACAAUGUGGCUACUCAAUGCGGCAAAAUGCACUGGGCUUUGUUUUGGUUGUUCCCUAUGAUGGCUGUAAUGUCAUACAAGAGUAUGAAAACUUUGUUCUUCCAAUGAGCUGGUUGAGGACAUCAGUUGAAUUCACCUGCCCUGUGUCAGGAAGUUCUACUCUGCCACCUGCUACAACUACCCCUAAGCCUGCUCACCAGCCCAGGAAACUUCCUCUCCGCCUCAGGCCCUGGGGCCUGAAUCGUCCAAAGCGUCAAGUGGAACAGCCCCUUCCCUACUAUGAUCCUAGUGCAUACAUGUAUUACUAUAACAUGUUAACAACAACUACUGCCAAGCCAACCACAACUACUACCAAGCCACCUUCAGUGCAACCCCUUCCUUCUUACCCAUACUCUUAUGACCCUUACAUGUAUUACCUGUAUUACUAUUACUACUACUACUACCCUCAAUAUUUCCAAGUGCCGACUACUACUGCCAAACCUACAACAGCAUCAACCACCAAGGCCACCCCAAAACCAGGAGGACCAGAGGACCCUGAUGUUUACUACUACCCAAUCAUCCAGCAUUUUUAUGGAAGUCCUCCAUACUCUCAAACUACUCAACCUCCAGGUGACACAACUACCCCCACAAGUGAGACAACUGCUCCUACAAUGGAGCCCACAACCCCAACUCCCACAAGUAGUACAACAACACCAAGCAGUAAUGUCUAUCCAGGCCCAAUGAAACCACAUGUUCCUUAUUACGAGAACCCUUUUCCUCUACAAGUUGCCUACAACAAGGCUGGCAAACUCCCAGAUGACCAGAAGUACAUCCCUCAAUAUGGGUUAAAAUCUGGACUUGAGGCUGGAGCACACCCACAUCCAGGCUUCAACUACUGGCAACCUGGGCCCUGGUUUAGUCAAAAAAGAGAAAAUCCUCAUUGAGUGAAGAAGAGAACUACCUGAAAACCACUCAGAAAUGGGCCUGCUGUUCUCUACAAGCAUUCAAUAAAUGUGCAUUUUUACUCAA